UCUGCACAGGGAAGAGAGGAUUAGCUCCAGCACUCAGCUCAUCUGCAUACACGUUCCCAGAGAAGCAUGAGCACCCAGCGCUGCUCCUCUUUUGUAUAAACCUGGCACUGCUACCACACAGGCUCCACUUGAGCUACUGUCACUGCUGAGAGAGGAUUUCAAAGGGACCACUCUUGUUUUUUGUCUCCUUUUUAAAUGAUUUCCACAUCCUGCUUUUAAAUUUUUUAACAGAGGUGUCUCUAAUUUUUGGAACAAUGAAAGUAAUAUCCUUUGAUUUAGACUUACUCUGAGCGUCAAAGAGUUUAUCUGCACAUUUUUAGGACUUCUUUAUCCCCUCUUGGGUUUACUUGCUGCAGGAGGAUGCCAUCUAAAGAGUCCUACGAGGUUCACAAAGAAGAGAAGUCCCUGGUGCAAAAGGCCAAGCGGGAGGCCAAUCAGGAGGAUAUUCUGGCUGCAGCUCUGGGGAUGAGGAUGGGGCCACAGAAACCUCCAGCCACUUUCUGGCAGCCGCUUAAACUAUUCGCCUAUUCACAGCUCACCUCACUGGUGCGCAGAGCUUCACUGAAAGAGAGCGAGCGGACACCCAGAUCUGAGAAAGUCCACAACUUCAAGGUCCACACCUUCAGGGGGCCUCACUGGUGUGAGCACUGUGCCAGUUUCAUGUGGGGACUCAUGGCUCAGGGGGUCAAAUGUGCAGAUUGUGGUUUGAAUGUCCACAAACAGUGCUCGCCUCUGGUUCCAAACGACUGCAAACCAGACCUGAGACAUGUCCGUAAAGUGUACAGCUGUGACCUUACCACCCUGGUGAAAGCUCACAACACAGCGCGGCCCAUGGUUGUGGACAUGUGCAUACGAGAGAUCGAGUCCAGAGGACUGAAGUCUGAAGGCCUCUACAGAAUAUCCGGAUUCAGCGACUCGGUGGAGGAAGUCAAGAUGGCAUUCGACAAAGAUGGCGAGAAGACAGACAUCUCAGUGAACGCCUAUGAAGACAUCAAUAUCAUCACGGGGGCCCUGAAACUGUACCUGAGGGAUUUGCCUGUUCCCAUCAUUUCGUACGAUGCUUACCCGAGGUUCAUCGAGGCUGCAAAGCUCACAGAUCCAGAGAAGAAACUGGAAGCUUUCCGUGAAGCUCUGGCUCUGCUGCCGCCAUCGCACAGUGAAACUUUGAAGUACCUUAUGGCGCACUUAAAAAGGGUGACACAGAAUGAAGAAUUCAAUCUGAUGAAUGCAGAGAACCUUGCCAUCAUCUUUGGCCCCACCCUCAUGCGUGCGCCCAACAUGGACGCCGUCACAGCGCUCAAUGACAUCCGCUAUCAGAGACAAGUGGUGGAGCUGCUCAUCAAGAAAGAAGACAUUCUCUUCUGAACACAGACCAGGACUUUCCUAGAAACGCUGUCUAAUCAUUCCUCUGUGUAAAGACUUGAAUGACAUUUGCUGAUACGUUUUUUUAAACGCCCUGCGUAUGGACUAGUGCUGCCCUAACAUCUGUCCUCCCCUGUGUGAGGGCUGGAUGAUGAACUUUACACUUGUGCGUACUCUAUGUCUCCCCAUUUCUGUCGGGGGAAUUUCGGAAGCUGACGGCCCAGCAUGCAUGGUGCGCGGCCUUUGUUACUUUGUAGUGGUAACCCAGCAUGUGUUCAGAUGGUGUAGCGCUGUGAUUUUUGCUUUUGUCUCUUCUCAGAUAGUUAUAGUCCACAUUCCUAGCUGCCUGCUGUGCAGUUUUUUUUUCUGUGAAACAUUGUACAGCUGGAUGUAAAAAUAAGCUACUACUGAUUUUUCUGGGCUGAUUUUUAGGAUGCCUUUAUGAUGUAUUUUUUUAUCUCCUCGACUGUUUUUAUGUAACCUGACGUAGUUGGAUGAGCCUUUCCUCUUAUAGCGUGUACACACUGGUGCAUUUGCUUGACCCUAACAGUUCUGUUGUGUUUUAAACAGCAUUAUUUGUGUGUUUAAUUUUGUACUGUAAUGUUUUUGUACACACCUUGUGCAUGAUCAGUUUAAUUUAUUAAACCUUAU